GCUUCACGGAAACCGGAAAUGGUUUAGUUGACUUCCUUCAUUACUGAGAAAAUAUGUCUACGCUGGACGUAGUAGAUUUUAUUCAACAAAACAGAGCUUUGGCCGAUCAGGUUGAAACUUUUCGGGAUUAUUGUGAAAAUGAAAAACACUGGGAGGCCAGGAGAGAGUUUAUCCUCCGGAAUAUUAACGACUUUAACGAGGAGCAGCGGGACCUCCUCCUGUCUCUGUCCAUGGUUUGGGCCAACAACGUAUUCAUGGGAUGUCGGUACAGCAAGGAGCUUCUGGAAAAAGUACAGGAAAUGGCUGAGGGCAUCGUGGUGGAGAACGCACCAAUUUUCAAGACGAGAGAUGAAAUUAUGAAAAAGCAGCAGGGUCGUUGACCGGCAGUCCUAUUGGACCUGUACUGAUGACUCUUUCCUUUUUCAUCCAACUCGACUGUUUUAAGAUUUUAAAAAUGUAUUUUUGAUAAUUUUUAAGCUUUUAUUUUGCCAUCUGAUUUUACAUCUGUAUCAUUGUGAAAAGUCUUUGUUUCAGGUGUUAAGCAAAAAUAAAAUGGAACUUGUUUUUUUC